AUGGAACCACAAAACCGGCAUCCAACCGAGGAUGGAGGAAGCAACAAAGCAGCCGAGAGUAGUCCUAACAUGCAUUGCAAGCAGAGUAAUACCAGGUGGCUUCCUACUACAGAUCAGAUAAGAAUCCUCAAUGAGCUUUACGAUGACAAGGGAGUUAAGUCCCCCACUGUAGAGCAGGUUCAGAGGAUCACUCUCCAGCUAAAAUGGUACGGACAGAUCGAGAACAAGAACGUCUUUUAUUGGUUCCAGAAUCAAAGGGCUCGGGAGAAGCUGAAGAAGAAGAAGCUCACUUCGGAUGUUCAAGUGCCCAAGCAAAGAUCAGGGCUUGAAGUUAAGUUUCAAGUUUGUUCAGGCAUGGAAACUACUGCUGCAGACACUUUUGGCCAGUGCUCUUUCACAGCUGAAAUUCACAUCAGUGCAAAAAGCAGCAGUGCACAUUCGGUUCUGUUUCGAAGCAAGCUAGGUGCGGAGGCUGAGUACUCUGCUGAUUUGUGA